UAAAGUUAAAAAACAGAACAUGUCCCGACUUUUGCUGCAGUGCCGCAGAACUUUGCUGAUCCUGCGCCAUCAAACGGCGGUGGAAAAUGAGAAAGGACUCUUUGGCAAGCUGCUGGGAAAGUGUCAGUCCUUCGGCAAGGAGGAAAAGGAUCUUGGCCAGCAGGAGGAGGAGGAAUCAAAGAGGUCUUAGUUCGCAUCAGAAGCUACCCCCUACCCAUUGAAGAUCAUAUAAUGGGCAGCAAAUUACCAUAUUGUUGCAGGGAGCCCCAGAUGAAUCGGGUCCAUUUUACGGGCAGCUCAUAAAACGGAACAUUAUAAAGCCAUAAAGCAUCAACUAAAAUCGGGCAAAAAUAGCUUUGGAGGAGCACAGGCGAUGGCCAGACUUAGACAAGUGAUACAGCAUCCAUUUCCCUGGUCGGUUUACGAUGUCUGAAAAUGCCAGGCAUCGGAAUUCGAUGGCGAGGGGGGAAAGGACAGGAAUGACCAGCAGCGAGAUGUAUCUAAAUUUUAAGCGAACCAAAUUGUUAGAUAAAAGCAGCCGUUUCUCAUUGAA